AUGGAGGCAUUUCGUUCGUUUUCUCUUGCUGGUAGCGCGACAGAUGUAUUAAGAUAUAUACUCUGUGAUAUCUUUUCCUUGGACAAAAACAAAGCUUCGGUUAAAAAAGCAAUCGAAUUUUAUCAGGCCCUUGAUCUCCAUCAUCUAGUGGAAGAAGAUCCAACCGAUGUGCUGCCUCCCAUCGAGACCACUGUCAAACCAAAACCGUCAUCCGAUGAUCCUCUUCCUUAUUUCAGCAGUUCCCAUUCCCACCGCCAUCAUCGUCGUGAUCAUUCUCGUCGACGUGUCGGCCGAAGCAGUGAUCCAGAGAUGACCAGUGCGUAUGCCCCAGCGCUGAUCGAACUGCUACGAUUACCGCCUGCUCAACGCGCUCCAGGUCGCAUCAUACAACUUUGUCCUGUUUUAGCCCCCAUUGAACCUGAUCCGGUUGAACCCAAACGCAGCGCACCGCGUCCGAACAGGCCGGAACAUGACCCGGACGCGUCUGUGAUCUAUGGCCAAGGCUUGUUAGUAUGUGUUGGCACAGGACUGGAUGAGACUGUGGGCGUGUCGACUUUGGAUGAGAAUGCUCAAUCUGCUAGUGGUGGAUUACUGCUCUUCGGGUAUGAUCCUCGUGGUACGGAAACCAGUCAGCCGUUCCUGAGCUCGAAACCAUUCGUUCAAGUUCCUCUGGUUGGCCGCGAUCUCCCCGUUCAGGUGUGUCUGAUUAACUCAGGUUCCCAUCCAUACGGUUCCAUCGGAGACCGAGAAGAUUCAGAUUGUUCUGUGCUGCCUGAACACACGGAUCAUUCCAUCCAACCAAAAGGAAAGCGUCCUGCGUCUGACGAUCAUGGAAUCUAUACACAAUGCCUCGUUCUGACAACAUGUAGUGCGUUGUAUCGGAUCGACUUGACCAUAAGACCGACCGGUUCACAUCACAUACAGUCCUUAUUGGAUGGUCUAAAUCCGAGCAGAUCUUCCUCGCGCAUCACUAGUAUCGCUUAUUGCAAUGACACUGGUUGUGUUUGUGUUGGUGACCAAAACGGA